AUGGUGUCUCAGUGCAACACCGUGGUAGCAACCAGCACCUGUUCUCUGACCUUCAGCAAGCCCAACAGAAGAGAACAGGCAAGGCAGGCUUCCUCCACCUCCAAGGCAGUGGACGUGGUGGGCAUCCUCAUCCUCUGCCUGCUUCCUGCGGCGGCCGCGCUGGACUUCAAGUACCACCACACGGAGGAGCUGGAGGCGUACCUGAAGGGGGUUCAUGCCGCCAACCCCUCCCUCACCCACUUGCACAGCAUCGGGCGAUCGGUGGAAGGUAGAGACCUCUGGGUUCUUGUUCUGGGAAGGUUUCCAACCCAUCAUAAGAUUGGCAUUCCAGAGUUCAAGUAUGUUGCUAAUAUGCAUGGGGAUGAGACUGUUGGGAGAGAAAUCCUGCUCCAUUUGAUAGAUUUCCUGGUGAGCAGCUAUGGACGUGACCCAGUUAUUACCCGGUUACUCAAUAAUACCCGGAUUCAUAUCAUGCCAACAAUGAAUCCGGAUGGAUUUGAAGCUACAAAAGUGCCUGAUUGUUAUUACACACGAGGAAGGUACAACAGGAAUGGAGAAGAUCUGAACAGAAAUUUUCCUGAUGCCUUUGAAAAUAACAGUGCCAGCAUUCAGCCAGAAACUCGAGCAGUAAUGGACUGGAUAAAAAAUGAAACAUUUGUUCUUUCAGCAAACUUGCACGGGGGUGCCCUGGUUGCCAGUUACACCUUUGAUAAUGGUAACCCAGUUACUGGCUCUUUGAAUGGCUAUAGCAGAUCUCCAGAUGAUGAUGUCUUUAUUCACCUGGCAAAAACCUAUUCUUCCAACCACGCCAGCAUGUACAAAGGGACGGGGUGUGACAACAGGCAAACCUUCCCAGAAGGCAUUACCAACGGGUACUCCUGGUACCAGCUGGAAGGUGGAAUGCAAGAUUACAACUAUGUCUGGGGACAGUGUUUUGAAAUUACAUUGGAGCUGUCAUGCUGUAAAUAUCCUCCAGCAGACCAGCUGGAAAAGUUCUGGAGAGACAACAAAGUUGCUCUGAUCGAAUAUAUCAAACAAGUACACCUAGGUGUCAAAGGCCAAGUUACUGAUAAGAAUGGGAAUCCUAUUCCCAAUGCCAUCGUGGAAGCCAAAGGAAGGCCACAUGUCUGCCCCUACAGAACAAAUGAACAAGGGGAGUACUUUCUUCUCCUUUUGCCUGGGACCUAUGUGAUCAAUGCUACUGUACCAGGAUUUAGAUCGAUGCUGAAGACAGUGGAAAUACCUGACAACACUGGAAACUUCAGUGCUUUGAAGCAGGACUUCUCCUUCCCAGAGGUCUCAGAUCAGAUCAGAUCAAGAGUUACUUCAUGCCCCAAAACUCCCCUCUACCAAGAGUUCACACGGGCUUCAUCUGCAGUAAAACCAACUGUACACAUCUUGGUUUUAAUGACAGUUAUGCUGGUAAUUUUCAAAUAAAGUCAGGAAUGACAAAGGCUAAAGGCAAAAUCUUCCUGCACAAAUAUGGCUUUUUGGAGAAGGAAUUGUAUAUGCAAAAGAAUGUAUGUUUUUACAAACCAAAUUCUCGGAUUCACAAUCAUGUUUACUGUAUUUUGUAAAAUACUGGCUUGACAAUUGAAUGUUUUACUUUAGUUACAGCAGAUGUAUUUUUAAUUGUAACAGACUCAUAUUUUUCUAUGUAUUUUACUCUGACACAAUUUUGUACAGCCUGUGGCGAUAACCACAGAAUUUUGAUGCAGAAAGUACAAAUACAUUUUAAAGACUUUUCCCAAAUUCAAAAACAUUGAGGAUUGUACUGCAGUGUUUCAUGCAAGCUCAGGUUCCUCACUGAGCCAACAGCUCAGGUACCACACAACUGUAAGUCAUCAGCUCAAUACUGAUUUCUCAUAAUAAAGCCACUGCUAUAAAUGAAGAA